AUGUCUUACGCCGACGUUGCUGCCAGCGGCCCUAAGCAGAGCGCCGAGGAGGGUCGCGCCCCGGCCGUGCCCCAGGUUGAGCACACUGAGGACUCUGUCUACUCGCUUGUUGACGUCGACAGCCCGCACAUCUCCUCCGUCCCUUCCGACUACGAGUCGCAGUCUAUCAAGACUGACACACAAGCUGCCCGUAAGGAGCGCGAGGAGGAGAUCAAGAAUACUGCCAAGGAGAUCCGCGACAGUGCCGCUGCGAAGAAGGACAAGGCCAAGGACAAGGCGAGAAAGAACGCUGAUAACCCUGUGGUCUUGAGCAACGCCGUCGGGCUCGCUGUGUUGGGUGCAGCUCUGAGUUUUGGCGCGUACAGGAAGUACAGCCGCGGCGAGCUGACGGGUAAGGUCGUUGCGGCCUGGGCUGGUGUCGUUGGGUUGUUCGGUCUCGGUGACUACUAUGUCAGCCAGUACUUUUUCCAGCGCUACCCUCCCAAGAACUAG